GUGUGGGCAAGACGGCCAGAGUUCAGUCUAGCGGUCUAGGAAGCCGCGGUGGGUCACCCAGCAGGGAGCAACUGCCCGGCCUUAGCUGGAUCUCAGAGAACCGGGCUCGGGCGCUGACAGGAUGCCUUUGUUCGCGGCCAAUCCCUUUGAGCAAGACGUGGAAAAAGCCACAAAUGAGUACAACACCACGGAAGAUUGGAGUCUUAUUAUGGACAUAUGUGACAAAGUUGGAACCACUCCUAAUGGAGCAAAGGAUUGCCUAAAAGCCAUCAUGAAAAGGGUAAAUCAUAAGGUUCCUCAUGUUGCUCUGCAGGCAUUAACUCUUCUUGGGGCUUGUGUGGCAAACUGUGGAAAGAUAUUUCAUUUAGAAGUGUGUUCCCGUGAUUUUGCAACAGAAGUACGUGCUGUGAUAAAAAAUAAGGCUCAUCCUAAAGUAUGUGAAAAACUGAAAUCUUUAAUGGUGGAAUGGUCAGAAGAAUUUCAGAAGGAUCCCCAGUUUAGUCUCAUAUCUGCAACUAUUAAAUCUAUGAAAGAAGAAGGAAUUACUUUUCCUUCGGCAGGUUCUCAGACUGUCUCAGCUGCUGCCAAGAAUGGAACAUCAUUGAACAAAAACAAAGAAGAUGAAGACAUAGCUAAAGCUAUUGAAUUAUCUUUGCAAGAGCAGAAACAACAACACACAGAGACAAAAUCUUUAUAUCCAUCUGCAGAAAUUCAGUUAAAUAAUAAGGUUGCACAAAAAGUGAGAGCUUUAUACGAUUUUGAAGCUGUUGAGGACAAUGAACUCACCUUUAAACAUGGUGAAAUCAUUAUUGUUUUGGAUGACAGUGAUGCCAAUUGGUGGAAAGGAGAAAAUCACAGAGGAAUAGGUCUUUUCCCAUCUAAUUUUGUAACAACUAAUUUAAACAUGGAGUCUGAGGCAGCUGUGGACAAAUUGAAUGUAAUUGAUGAUGAUGUGGAGGAAAUUAAGAAAUCAGAGCCCGAGCCUAUUUAUAUUGAUGAGGAUAAGAUGGAUAGAGCCCUGCAGGUACUCCAAAGUAUAGAUCCAGCAGAUUCAAAACCAGAUUCCCAAGACCUUUUGGAUUUGGAAGAUAUCUGUCAACAGAUGGGUCCAAUGAUAGAUGAAAAACUUGAAGAGAUUGAUAGGAAGCAUUCAGAAUUGUCUGAAUUGAAUGUAAAAGUCCUGGAAGCUCUGGAACUAUAUAACAGAUUGGUGAAUGAAGCACCAAUAUAUUCAGUCUAUUCAAAACUUCAUCCUCCAGCACAUUAUCCAUCUACAUCUGCUGGGGUUCCAGUGCAGACUUAUCCAGUUCAAUCACAUGGUGGAAACUACGUAGGUCAAAACAUUCACCAAGUAACUGGUGAAAACUACAGCCUAGGAACAGAUCAUAUUGGUUCGCUGAGAUCUCUGCCUCCAAGUGCAAAUUCCUCAGUAACAACACAGCCUGCUCAAACUCCAUAUUUAAGCACUGGACAAGACACUAUUUCCAGUCCUCCUUAUAUGAACCAGAACUCUAAUCUUCAGUCAGCUACUGGUACAGCUGCUUACUCACAGCAGAUGGGGAUGUCUGUGGAUAUGUCAUCUUACCAGAACACUACUUCCAAUAUGCCGCACCUGGCAGGCUUUCCCAUGGCAGUCCCAACUCAGUCGGUUGCACAGCAGCAAACAAACUAUCAUCAGCAACCUCUCCUUUAGAGAAAAACCAAGCAUUUUUGUGGAAACCUUCAUAAGUGUCACUUGUGAUUCUAAUCUGAAAAUAUUAAAAGGAAACUUUUUCCCUCUGAACUCAAAAGGACCAUGAGUAAAUAAAAGCACAAAACCUAACUUACUCUAAAGGCCAUAAAAGUUUUUUUCAGACCAGUUUGUUUGAAGUCAGAGGCAGCUUAAAGAUGCUCCCAGUUAGUUUUGUCAUACUUUCAAAUGUCUUUCCGUGAAUCUGGACACCCAAUAAGUAGCUUUAUGACACUAAACAGUAUGAGAUAGAAGUGUAAAAAUUUUACUUUAAAGAAACCAUUGUUACCAUUGUUUAUCCCGAAAAAUGUCUUAAUGAGAGAAUUGAAGACCUUUAAAUAUUUUUUGUCUGCAUUUUUUUUUUUUUUUUUUUUUUACCAUUUCCCACACACUGUUGUAUUAAAAGGCGAGGGAACAUCUUUUUUUGUAUAAGCAUUUCGUUUGCCAACAUGCUUCCUUUUGGCUCCUUAAAUUGCAGUUGUGUUUGCAGUACUGUCAGUUUUACUCUCAGUGUUAUGUUGAGUAAUAAUUAGCAUAUAAUUGUCUACAGAAACAAGAGCGAUUUGGAAGGAACAAAAAUGUUUUCUGUUAUUAAUAGCAAAAAACAUGUAAAUGCAGAUGUGUGAGAAAGCACUUAGCCAUUUCCCUACUCAUGCCCAUAGUGGGCUAAAGAAUUUCCAUUCCCUGAGGAAAAACAUUUUCUUCUCUACAAGCAUCUUUAUAUUUAAAAUUGUCACUAAUGACCCUAUCAAAUCACUUUGGUCAUUGUCUGAUGCAAUAUGAUCCAUUUAUUUUACUUCCUGUGUUGUGAUAUGCAGAGAUUCUGCGUUUCUUUUUUAUGGAUUAUACCUGACUUUGAGCCAUGAGACAUACCUAAUAAUUUGAUGUGAUAUAAACCAAGCAUGGAUGAUAAGUGAGUUUUUAUUGAAGUCUUGUUAUUGUAAAAGAAGUGAUUCAAAUACCACUGCUAAGAUGUUAUCGUGCCAAGCUAUUGAAAAAUAUCAUCUCCUUUCACAAGUAAUUCUGAACCUUUGGAAUAAUAGCAGGUGAUGAUUUGAUAGAAGGCAAUGGAUUGAUAGACAGUUCAGUCAGUUUUUCUGAAGCCCAUGUUUUAAAAAUUAGUUUAUAGCUAAUAGAUUCCACAUACUGUAGAAGUUGGUAGAAAACCAAUAAGGAUUAUUUUCUCUCUUCAAAAUUUGCACACUACUUUUUUAUCUACCAACUUUUUACAUAGUAUAAUAUUGAAAAUGCAUAUACUUAUAGAUAAAUGAUAUUUAGACUGGGAAAAAUAAUGGACAUAAGUUGAAUAUUUAAAAAGUUAAAACUUUUUUGCAUGGAUUCUAGAUUUCUAUAUUGGUUUUUUAAAGAAAAUAAUCUUUCUAAUAAGAAUCCAUUUGAAAACAGACUACAAAUUUUGUCAUUUAUCUAUUUACAGGAAUUUUAUUGUAAGGAUAUACCUUUUUCGAAGAUACUUUGUUCCAGAACAAAAUACUGUAUAUAAUACUUGGUCUAUAUUUUAAAAGGAAAACAAGCAGUAUUUGAAAACUUAGUUUUUGUUGUAUUAUUUCUAAUCAGGUAUCAAAAGGAAGUUUUAACCUUCCACACCAUUUUUACUUUUUCAUUUAGUAUUUUCCUUUCAGAUAAACUCAGCUAUAUACUUAUAAAAAAUAUUCUAAAAUGGCACCUUGCUUUUUUAAAUUACUUUUUUAGUUGUAGAUGGA